AGAAAAAGAUGAUGAUGAGGGCAUCCCGAGUGAAACAGAAGAAGACAGGAAGCUGCUUGAAACCAAGACUAGAGAAAUGAGAGAAAUGCUCCAGAGGAAGGAUGAGCAGAUCGUGUCGCUCCUGCUGGAAAAGAUGAAGAUCUUUCGGGAGAUGUGCGGUUCGUCUGAAGACCCACAGGUCAAGAUGCUUUUCAGGUCCAACAACGAGGAGGUGGCGAAGGGGGAGCCCAUCAUGACAGACGCUCUGAGAGAGGUGGAAAUGCUGCAGGCGCUGGUGAACAGCAGUCUGGGCGGAGCGGUUGGGCAGCAGGUGGCCUGUGCGCAGGGUAUCAUGGGACCCGUGUGUCUCCCACGCAGAGCCGAGACCUUCGGAGGCUUUGACUGCCACCAGAUGAACACCUGCAAACAUGGUGAGAAAGAGGAGGCUGAAGAUCUGCGGAGGACAGAGUCUGACAGUGUGCUGAAGAAGGGAGGAAACACCAACCUGCUGCUGCUGCUCAAGAAAAACAGUGAGCAGGUUCUAACUAGCGUCACUCACCUUCAUGACCUCCUGAGCUCUCUUCAGGCUGUGGUCUUGCAGCAGGACACGUUCAUCGAGGACCAGCGUCAGGCCCUGAGCGAGCGUACCCCAUCCCGGCCUUCCUCUCGCCCUCCAUCACUGGUGGAGCAGGAAAAGCAGCGCAGCCUGGAGCGCCACCGACAGGACGCCGCCGCUCUGCUCCGCCAGCAGGCGGCUCACGCUGAGGAGAAGAAGCGCAAGGAGAAGGAGUGGGACGUGAAGGAGCGUGAACUGACCGACCGCGAGGUGCUGCUACAUGUCAGGGAGGAGGAGGUGCGCAGGCGAAGCAGAGAGAUGGAGGAGGCGCAGGUCCAGCUCCAGGGGCGCAAGGAGGACUAUCAGAAAGAUCUGGAGCGGCUGAGAGAUGCUCAGAGGAAGCUGGAGAGAGAGAGAGAGCAGAUGCAGAAGGAGAUGGAGAGAGUCGAGCACCUGAGAGAGGUCCAGGCUCGUCUUCAUCGCACCCCAUCCAGCACAUCCGAGGAUUCGCUGAAGCUCCACAGCAGCAGCUCCAUUGAGCGAGAGGCUUGGGAGAGCGAGUUAUCGUCGAGUCCCCGGAAAAACUCUCUGUCCCGCAUGGACUCCAAACAGAAGAGCCGCAGCCUGUUCUCUCUGGGUGGAAAGAGUCAGAGCACAGAAGGACAAAACCAGAUGCCCACACGACUGCUUCAGCUGGCCACAUCCAAGGAGAAGAAGGACAAGAAGAAGAAGAAGAGCAAAAGCCAGACUCCUCAGGAUGCAGCUUCACAUCUGCUGCCUCUGACAGAGCCGGCUGUGGAUGGAGAGAUCUUCUUCUGCUGACUUUUACCCAUCAUCCCUUCUGUCUCCUGGAAUCUUGAUCAGAUCAUGUAGGAAGUCACCCUAAGUGCCCUCUUCACGGUUCGGCAGAAGCAGUUUUGCUCCGACGAUCUCUUUAUAGAGUAAUGAAUCUCCCCAAACCCCAAAUUCAAAAGAAGAAUAAGGAAUAAUACUUGGCUUAAACCAAAUGAAGCCUAUUUUGGGGUUGCUUUGUGCAUUUUGACAUUAUUUUAAUAAUAAUUUAACACAUUUAUUCUCAAAUUCUCAUUACUGUAAUGUAAUGUACUGUAAUAUAGACCUAUACAGAC